ACCUGCAGAGCUUGGAUGUUAAAAGGCAUACCAUGUGCUCAUGCAGUUGCUGCCCUGCAUUUUAAAAAUCUUGAGCCUAUGAACUAUAUUUCUCAUUGGUACAGUAAUGCAACUUACAUGAAAACAUACAGUUACUUUCUACAGCCUGUCUUGGGUAUGAAUAUGUGGCCAGAGUCACAAAACCCAACUGUUAUACCACCUCAUGUCAAGAAGAUGCCUGGAAGGCCAAAGAAGGUUAGAAGAAAAGAGCCUGGUGAAAAUAAGACAGGAAAAUUGUCCAAAAGUGGAGUUGUUAUGACAUGUAGCAAUUGUCAUAACAAGGGUCAUAACAAGAGGGGAUGUCAAAGGCUGCUGGAAGUAAUACUGCUGCAACUUCAGCAAAUUCUGUGCCUACAAGUGUUGGUAGUUCAAAGCCACCAAAGCAAAGUACUGCAAGAGGAAGGGGUAGGCCAAAAGGUUCUAAAGAAAAGGAUGUUGGUACUAGCACUGAUGUAAGAACACAAUUUAAGAAACCAAGGAUGGUUGGGAUGGGAGUUUUACACACUCAAAGUGGCUUCAAGAUUCAAAAUCCUGGAAUGUCAUCUACAAACUUUAAGAAUGUGAGGUCCUCGGCAGAAGUAACUGGAGAUCUAGGCCCCGAGGUGUUAAAUGGAAAGGAUUUGUUGGUAGCUAUAGACUGCUAUUUUGUUACAUUUGGUGUCUGUUUUGCUGCUGCUACAAUGACAACAAACAGCUGUUUUGUUAACUCAUUUUGUGGCUUUUAUGCAAGAAAUGCAUAUAUGAUGUUUUAG